AUGACAGAACCAGAACAAUGUCCUUUCAACGAAAGUUCGUAUUGGCAUGGUAUGAAGAGGGAUUUGUUCAAGUGGAGGGACUCGCAGGAUGUGCUUAUGAAGUAUCCUGGGACCAAAGUAUCAGUGCAUGCUCAGCGUGGACAAGCUGAGAGGUUUGGAUAUAUCAAUUUGGUGUAUUACAUCAGUCUUCUUUUUCUAUGUCGAGAGUACAUUCCGUUUAGUCCACUAGACGAAGUCAAACCUCGCGGUCCCAUCGAACCACCACUCCUAAAAGCCAGAGGCCCCGACGAAUUCUGGCUUCAAAACGUCUCAGAGCUCUACGACGCAGCAACUCAGAUCUCCUCGUUACUCACAGACCUCGAACACGUCAACUGUCCCCUCCGCACACCCUUCUCCGGGCUCUGCGCUUUUUCGUCUACGCUAUGGAGUAUAUACGGCGGCUCAUUCCCAAACUUUAUGCAAUUCACAGAAAUCCAGGUCCAAGAAGCAGAUGUACAGGCAGAGCGCACAAUGAACAUUCUUGUUAGGAUAUGUCAAGUCUGGGGAUUGGCGAAGGAGUGGAUUGAAGUUCUUGAUACGGCGAAGAGUAUCAUGAAGGAGAGAAGGGUCAAGAGUUCGAGGUAUGAUUAUCCAGAACUGGAGGAUUCUAUCCAUCUUGCGCCUUUGCAGGGCAUGCCGAGACAGACGUUCGAUCCUGUGUCGUUGAGGGGUGCUAGGGAUGAUGUUUCCAAGUUACAUCAGUUAGUGGCAGGUGAAGUUGAGGAGGGAGCGGAAGUGCAGGAGGUAGUGACGGAUGAAGGGACGGGUGAAAGUGAGUUUGUGGAUGAGGAUUGGUGGAGGCUUUUGUCAUUUUGCGAUGAUCCGCAUUUGCUCUCUACUAGUAUCGAUAAUGCCGGAGACCAGAAUCUGAGUUAG